AUGGGAGACAGCAGCGCCUUGAAGAGGGGCCGACGAGCGCAGGAGCUGCUGAGGGACGCGGAGCGGGUCUACGACCCCAAGCAAGAGCGGCAAUGGGAGGGAAAGUACAAGUUCUUCAGUGAGCUGAAGAUGAAGGUGGCCUACCGGACCUAUGCCCGAGCCAGGCACGACCCCUUCAACAAAGACCCGGCCUGGGGCAGAUCGGUGCUGGCGCGGUUCGCAGACUACUGCACCAGCAACAACAUCAAGUUCGAGGACAUCUUCGCACAGGCUGAUCUGAACAGUGAUCAGUCUUUGAGCCGGCCUGAGAUCAAGCACGCGCUGCAUAGGGUGCUGCCCUCCUUGUCGGACCAGGAGGUCAUCGCCGUCUUUGAUGUCAUCGACGAGGACAAGAGCGGGGCAGUGAGCGUCCAAGAGUUUGUGGCAGCCAUGGACAUGGGCAAGAAGGCCAAGUUCACCAAGGAGGCGGUGGAGCGCCACCGCAACCCGGUGCACCGGAUCAAGCGCUUCCCGCCCGCGAGCAUCGACGGCUGGGACCACCUCAAGGACGUGGAGACUGUCAAAGGGACCCGCUACGAGACAGUGGGCACCGGUCGGAGCCUGGUGGACAUGUGCGAGCAGGAGGCGACCGAAUGCCUGGCAAGGCUGUCGCACACGCUGGCGCAGACCCCCCGGGCCCUGCGCCACGAGCAGCGGACCCCGAGAUACCAGUACUUCGGGGGAGGUGGAGACACCGCUCGCUUCCACAAGCACUCCAAGUAUCGGGACACUGAAGGGCCAAAGGUGGACCUGCCCGAUCCCGGAGGCCCGGAAGUGCGGCCCGGGUAUUUGUGCAGCCUGAAAGGGGCGCUGGCCCUAGGCGAAAUGGCCAAGGCCGCACACCCGGGGCUGAAGCAAGCCACGAGCCAAAGGAGCCUGAGCCUGUCGCGGAAUUCGCCCCCUGUGUCGUUUAGCUCCAAUCGGCUCGACCCGGAUGAGCGCCUGAGGCAGAUGGGCCCCGAGAUCUCGGAGGCCACGAAGCCCGCACACACCUUCGCGCGGUCCCUGGAGGCGCCGCCGGGGACGGAAAGCAUGGACUACGACCUCCACGAGAGCCCGGCGAUGCUGGCCUUCGUGGCGGCCCAACAGAAGGCCAUGCAGCGGUCGAACUGCCUGCUGCGCCUGCUCUCCCGCAGUCGGAUAUGGAGGCAGAACGGGCGCUCGGUGUUCCGGUGGGUGAUCAUCUGCCUGGUGGGCAUCUGUACAGGAGUGGUUGCGGCGAUGAUCGACUUUGCCCUGAAGCGGCUCGAAGAUUUGCAGAACCUCAUGAUGAGGAGCGUGAUCGACCACACGGGCCAUUGGUUUCCACCGUAUGUUUGCUUCCUGGUCUUCCGGGUCUUCUUGGCCUCCAUCGCCGGCAUUUUCGUGUGCUACGUAGAGCCUUUGGCGUCCGGCAGCGGCAUCCCCGAGAUCAAGUCCUUCCUGAACGGCAUCCACCUGCCGCGGUUGUUGGACCUCAAGACUUUGGCCGCCAAGGCCGUGGGGGUCAUCUUCUCCGUGGGCGCGGGGCUGCCCUGCGGCAAGGAGGGCCCCAUGAUCCACUCCGGGGCCAUCUGCGGCGCGCUGAUCUCGGGGGUGUUCUGGACGCCGACGCUCCGGCCCAUCAACAUGGACAAGGAGCAGCGGGACCUAGUCACUGCGGGCGCAGCGGCGGGGGUAUCUGCAGCAUUCAGCGCGCCGGUGGGGGGUGUGCUCUUUGCGAUCGAGGAGGGGGCGACCCAUAUGAGCGUGGACAUCAUGCUGAAGACCUUCGUGGCCUCGGCCUGCGCCGCCCUGGUGGUGCGCUUCUUCCACGCCGGCUUCGCCAAGGGGGACUGGGGGAUGCUGGGCUCCGCGGUGCCCCUGGAGUUCGGGGCACUGCCGAACCUGCAGUACGCCAUCUGGGAACUGCCGCUCUUUGCGCUCAUGGGGAUCCUCUUCGGGCUCAUGGGGGGCUUGUACAACUUCUUGAACGAGCACUUGACCCGUUGGCGGCUGCGGAACGUGGGCGUGCGCGGGUGCAAGCGCUGGUGGGAGGUGAUCUUCCUUGCGACCGUGGUCUCCUCCAUCAAGUUUAUCUGUCCAGUGCUGCUGAUGGGCGGGGUGGACAACGUCCUCGGCUCAGUGAAGCAGACGCUUUGGUGGGAUGACCAGGCGCAAGGCGUGGCUGCCAUCUUUCACAACCCCAUGUUGGCCAGCGACAUGGCGAUUCUAGGCUGCGUGCAGUUUGUCAUCGCUUGCUGGACGUACGGGGCCGGAGUGCCGAGCGGCCUCUUCCUUCCCUCGCUGUUCCUGGGCGCGAUGUGGGGAAAGCUCUUCGGUAUGGGCCUCUUCCAGAUGGGGCUGGUGCCGCACGAGACGGACGCGGACAAGUUCGCCUUCGUGGGCUCCGCGGCGGCGCUCGCGGGCCUGGGGCGCAUCACCAUCUCCCUGUCCGUGAUAGUCAUGGAGUGCACCAUCAACAACCAGUUUGGUGUGCCGCUCUUUCUGGCCACCAUGGUCGCCAAGUGGGUGGGCAGCCUCUUCAACCCGGGCAUCUACGACUUGCAUUUGGAGCUGAAGCACGUGCCCUUGCUCGAGCCCUUAGGUGGCCAGGCCUCCCGCACUCGCCCCGGGAUCGGGGCCACGGAAUGGGAGGGCCAGGGCCUGAACUUUUGGGAGCUUCACCGAAAGCUGGCGGAAUGCUACCAGCAGGAUGUGCAGUAUGGGCGGAGGCGUGCCCCCAGCACCGCCUCGGUUUCAAUGCGCCUGCCUUCAUCCUCGGAGCUGCCGGUCGUGCGUCCAGUGAUCAGCCCGCCAUCGCCGACGGGGCUGCGAGUCAGCACGACGAGGCGCACGCUCGAGUCUUCCAAUGAGGUGGGGCAUUCUACGCGGGACGCGGUAGCAAGCCGGCCAGAAGUCGGACGCGGGAAGUCCGAGUCCUCAGACCUGGCGAAGCCGCGCGAGGGAGAGGAGGGCUUGAAGCCUCGGGAGGCUUGGUGCCCGGUGCUGGAGCACAAGUCCGCGAAGCUGAUGGCGAGAGCCGGAUCCAUGGCCAGCCUCAAAGCUACGGUGACCACGCUCAGUGAGUCGAUCUCAGUGGAAGCUGCUGAGACUUGGAGCUUUGUGCUUCACCCCGCGGGGCGUUUGCGCACAGUGUGGGAUGCCCUGACGGUGAUCGCUUUGGUCCUGGACAUCAUCUUGAUCCCUUUGGAGUUCUUCGGCAUCCAGGAGCUGCAGGGCGUGACGGGCGCCACGGUGAUCACCAUCCUGUUCUGGAGCUUGGACGUGGUGCUGUCCUUUCGGUCCGGGAGCUACAAGAAGGGCGUCUUGGUCAUGGAGCCCAAAACUAUCGCCCGGGACUAUGCCAGGAGCUGGCUGGUGCCGGACCUGGCGCUGGUGGGUCUGGACUGGCUGGCCCUGGCGGUGAACGCCUUCUCCGAGGACGCCUCACAGGUGCUGUGGCUCUUGCGUCUGCUGCGCCUGGUGAGGGUGCUGCGCCUGGGGAAGGUGAGCCGCUCGGCGCUGAACCUCAAGGAGGCCAUGCAGUGGACGGUGAACCGGCGCGGCAGCGUGGCGAUGAACCUGGGGCUUCUGCUGUUGCUGAACCAUAUGAUCGCCUGUGGGUGGUGGGCCUUCGGCCAUGCCUGGGGCGACGCGAGUGGAUGGUCGGUGACGAAUGGAGUGGAGGACCAAAGCCUGGCGUACCGCUACACCACGAGCCUCCACUGGGCCAUCAGCCAGCUGGGCGUGAGCUCCACGGAGAUCGAGGCCACCAACACCGCGGAGCGGAUCUACUCCAUCGCCACGGCAGUGAUCUCCCUGAUCACCUUCUCCUCCAUGGUGAGCUCCAUGACCUCGGUGAUGAACACGGCGUACCAGGAGAAGGAGGAGGAGAGGCGGCACUUCGCGGCCCUGCAGCAGUACCUCAAGCACUACGCCAUCUCCGCCAGCCUCAGCCAGCGGAUCACGCAGUUCGUGCAGCACGCCUUGGGACAGCAGCGCAACUCCAUCUCGGAUGUGCCGCUGCUGACUCUCCUGUCCAAGCCGCUGCAAGGUGAGUUGCAGUUGGAGAAGUUUCGGGAGCUUCUCAGCCAGUUGUCCUUCCUGGGGGCUUUGCUUCGGAGCUCGAGCAAUCAGAUCGAGGAGGUGAUGCGCGGCUUGGCUUCCGCCAUGGGGCAGGCAACACUGGCCGGUGGGGAUGUGCUUUUUCGCCUGGGUACUCCAGCAACGGCGAGCUACCUGCCCCUCAACGGGUCGCAGCUGUUGUAUUCCGACAGCCAGGCGGUGAGCGAUAUCUGGACGGUGGAGAUGUGCUUGUGGACUGAGUGGUUUCAUGUGGGGAAUAUGGUGUCCGUGGAGGUGUCUCAAGUCUUGAUCCUGGACAUGCCCACGUUUUGUGAUAUCGUCGGAGACAGCUGCAUUACCCAACGGCUUGCAGCCGAUUAUGCCGUGGAAUACCUGGCAGAGCUGCAUAAAGUUUCACGGUGGUCCGACAUUUGGCAGUCGGAACUUCGGCCAGAGGUCCACAACAUGUUUGCAGACCUCGGCAUUAACCAUGCCCCCAAGCUGGUAUUUGAUACCUUUGGCAGGCGCGACAGAAUGGGUAGAGGCAAUUCACAGAUUGUCCCUCAAGAUUGA